CACGACCCAAUUGGCCAAAUCAAAAUCGAGAGUGUGAUGUCACUUUGAUGCGCCGAACUCUAGUUUACAAAGUUUUUUAUGAGGAGCCAUGACGUGCUGAGUGAGUUUCCGUCGUUUUAGCCGCCAGAAUACCGAUGGAUGACAUCAACGUACUGCACCACAGAUGCCUCCUGAAUCUGAGACGUCGGAUCAGAGAUAUUGGUGAUGGGCGCCCUGCACAAGAACGAUGCAUGAGGUUGCAGAAGGAGGGAGACACACUCAGUUACCAAGGGAACUCUGAAGAGGUCGGUUGCUAUGUGGCAGGCCGUCCUUUAUCAAAAGGAAAUUGCUACUUUGAGGUGACGAUAGUGGACACAGGGGUCAGGGGUACCAUUGCUGUGGGCCUGGUGCCCAACUUCUACAGGCUGGACCACCAGCCUGGCUGGCUGCCACACUCCGUAGCUUACCAUGCUGACAACGGCAAAUUAUACAAUGGCAACCCUAUUGGACAGCAAUUUGGGCCAAAGUGUGCUCGUGGGGACCGCGUUGGCUGUGGAAUACACUCGGAAAAUGUUGAAGCCGGUUUCACCGUAGUCUUUUUCACCAAAAAUGGCAAAGAGGUGGGUUCCGUGGAGGUCCCCGUGUCUGCAGAGGGGCUGUUCCCAGCGGUGGGGAUGCACUCCAUGGGGGAGGAGGUGAAGAUUGACCUGAAGGCUGAGUGGUUCCUGGAGGAAGAUGAAAGUAUGAUGAUGGUGGACAGCCAUGAAGAUGACUGGGGGCGGCUCUUCGACGUCAGUGUUAGCGGCACGCUCUUGGAGUAUGUUGGCAAAGGAAAGAGCAUCAUGGACGUAGGUUUGGCCCAGGCCCGCCUGCCACUCACCACCCGCUGCCACUACUAUGAAGUGGAGAUUGUUGAUGCUGGGGAGAAGUGCUACAUUGCCCUGGGCCUGGCGAGAAGGGACUACCCCAGAAACAGACACCCGGGAUGGAGCCGGGGGUCGGUGGCGUACCACGCCGACGAUGGCAAGCUCUUUCACGGCAGCGGCGUUGGAGACGCGUUCGGUCCUCGCUGCUUCAAAGGUGACAUCAUGGGCUGCGGCAUCAUGUUCCCACGAGACUACAUCCUGGACGGGGAAGGUGACGCGGGCGACUGCGACGGCCCGGCGGUCCGGCCGUGUCCAGCCGCCGUCCGGAACGUCCUGUACCUCAACGAGGAGGAAGAGGAAGAUGGGGAAGAGGUGGAGCAAGGACGGGAGGGCCAGAACGUCACGGUGUUCUUUACAAGGAACGGGAAGCUGAUGGGCCGCAGAGAGGUGGGGGUCCCUCCCGGGGGCCUCUACCCCACUGUUGGGAUGCUGAGCAGCGGGGAGAAGGUCAAAGUGGAUUUGCAUCCCCUCAGCGGAUGAGCCGGCGCUCGUGAGCUGGACUCGUGAUGCGCCCCCCCCCCCCCCCCCCCCCCGCACACGGCUGGCUGCGCCGGACAGCUCACCCCACGACGCUGCCUCCGCUUUUAUUUAUGAGACCUGUACGUUGGCACACUUUCACUAAGGGAUGGUCCUCCUGCUCGCAAAGUGGCAGCGAGGCCUCACCGGAGCUGUGUGAGUCGCAGCAUGCAGGUAUACAGACGGCUGCACCUCGCCGCUGGGAGAUAUUUAACCGUUAAGCCUAUGCAAUCCGUACCGCCAUCGUCCUCGCGGCGAACCCAUCUCUGAGCCGUUUAAUCGCCUCUCGUGAGGUCUGGCACACUUUGUUUAUUCCAUUUGUCCCGACCCCAAGCGAAGCAGAGCGAGGCCAGCAGUCGGAGCCCGUUGGUGGUUUGUGUUUCAGGGAAUAGAUCCUCUCUCUCUCUCUCUCUCCCUCUCUCGCUCUCUCGCUCUCUCUCUCUUCCUCCACCUCCCUCUCCCUGUCGUCUCUCUGGCUGAGGCUGCCCUCGUGUGAGUGAUCAGGGACCUGCUAUCGCUUCGCCACGCCUGUUGGAAGUGAACUGUGGAUCUGUUGCAAUAUUUCAGAAAUGCACCCGCGCUCGUUUCCCCUUGAGAAUCGUUUUGAGGGUUUUUGAAGGUCUGGCAAUCACAACCCCACAUCAGAUGCUGUUAUUGUGCAGCGUCCGUUCAGAGGGAGUCGGUUUUUGAGCGUUUCUAUGGUUUUCUGUUGGGGCCAUGCUACAUGCCAGGGACAUUUUCAUCAAAAUACACAGGUCAUCUUCUGCAUUUGGCGAUCAGGGAAUGCGUUUAGAUUUUGCUCUUUGCGGGCGUGGAGACAUUUGGGGCAGAUGCAAAUAAAGUGGGUGGCUCCCUUUAAUCUGGUCAGGCUGAGAUUGAUCAAUCGUUGAGUUCAUAAACAAAAUGACAUGGUGAGAAUACCAACCUUAUUUAGAAAGGCCUAAAUGAUCUGGAACUAAUUGAUUAUUGAGUAACAGCUUAAACAAAAAAAUGUAAAUAUGCCAAAUAUUUGCUGUUUAUUUGUUUUUGAUAUAUUGUUUAUCAGUUACAAUGAUCCAAAGGAUUCAGACUAGAACUUGUUAUACCAAGUGUUUGUUUACAGCACUGCUGAAUGCUAAAGGAAAACUAUUAAGUAUGAAAAGCUGUGGCAGUUUCAAUGCUGCAGAGAAGCUCAGCCAAACCAAAAGGAGGGUUUAACCCGUCGAUUUAUGGAGGAAGGGAAAACAUACACACUUCUGGGUUUACGAACUCAUUCCUCAUCACUUAAUCACUGCAUGGCCAACUCACUCCUAGCUGUAUUAGUCAACAGCGCUUAGCCCGGGUCGCAGACCUCAGAGCCAAAGCAAAUGUUCAGGUGAACGAGAAAUACUGUAAAGUUGAUUGUAUCCCGUCAGUGGGAGCUGGUUUCCACUCAAAUUAUUCUGAUGUGAAUGAAGGGAACGAUCAUCAACAUUAUUAAAUCGUAUCAGCUAAAUUCCUCUGCAUCUUCCUGCAUGUGGUUUUAUGUAGUACAACAUAAACUAUCCCAUGAGGUGCUUAUGCCAGGUUUUUGUUGUUUCCUCAUUCAUGCUGCAGAUAGUGAUGCUAAAAAUACAUUGUACACAGGGUUACCUUUUAAAUCACAUAUCUGCUGGAGAUUGUUUUGUUGCUGUUGUCAUGCAUCUUGUUUUAGAUUCACUGACGUAAACAAAAUGUAUAUAUAUAAAUCUGUCAUGUUCU